CUGUGGUUCUGCAGCACAGGUCUCAGGUCUGGUUCUAAUCUAAUGUACUACUAAUCAAGUACUCCUCCAUUUAAAGCUGGAACCAGUUUUACCAAGAGCACUGAAAUCUGUGUACCCUUACUUCCUCUGCAAAAUGCCCACAGUUGAAAUAUUGUUGUGUUGUUGUAUAAUUGUAACCUUCAGUUGUUGUCUCUGACUUAAAGGUGUUGUCUUUGCUCUAAGUAGGUUUUCAUGUUUGUGCUCACACUUUGUUACACAAAUACACACCCUGCACCUGGUUGACCUGCCAGCAUUUACACUCAUGCAGAUUAUCCUCCGAGGAUGGUCACGUCCCAACAUACCUGUUUGGAAAUUUAAUCAUACACUAAUGCAGUUCUCAUGGAAAAUAAGCGCCUAAGAUAAACUUGUGUUUUCCGCAAGCCAUUGUUUUUCAGUCCAACGUGUUCACUACAUUUAACACCUACAGAAAUCUUUUGUCAAACCAGUGACAGAAGUUAAUAGAUCAAUAGUAAAAGGAUACAGAUCUUAUAAAUGGUACAGGACCGCUGAGUUCCUAUAGGACAGGUAUUAUAGCACGUCAGGUCAAUAUAGUGUGUACUUGUGCUUGACUUGUUUCGUCUGUAGAGGUUUUUAUAGUUUUCUCCGGAGCACCACGCCCAUGCUAAAGCAGCAGGAGGGCCGUGCUUCUCGGAUUUCACCCCAGAGGAGUCCAGAUAGGACCUGAUGAAGGGAGCUGGCUUCACAGUUUAGCGGAACUGGCGCGUAUUGACAUCCCACCUUUGGUAUGCUGCGCGGAGCCUGUCUGAAGGAAUAACCUGGACUCACCAAACAGCCAGGCUCUACCUGUCUCAUGGCUCCUCACCUCCUCGCUUCAUCAUCAUCAUCAUCUUUGUGGCUAAUGCUGUGUUACCUGCUCAGUGUCCUCCUGCUGCUGUCCCCAGGGGUCCAUGGCCAAGGUCGUCUUAAGCUGACAGUCCUGUCUGAGGACAGACUGCAGAUGAAAUGGAAGGAGGCUGAUGGACCCAUUCAGGGCUACAAGGUCCGAGUGAGACCCAUCUCAGAGGUCCCACAGCCAGAGCUGAUGCUGACCACCACACGGGGCCGGGCUACUGUGGCAGGACUGGACUCCAGUCAGGAAUAUGCCCUCCAAGUCCUCGUGCUCAAUGGGACAACAGAGAAGCUUCUCGCAAAGAGAAGAUUCACAAUGGAGGGUCUGCGGGAGGAGGAAAUGAUCCGCAGUGGUAGCCGAGAGCAGAGGAAGAAGAUGUUGCCAGGCGGGUCAGGGUCAGGAGACCUGGACGAUGCAACAGAGGCUCUGCUGGGCCUGCCAACAAUUCUGUAUCCAGACCCCCCCACCACCACCACCACUGCUGCUACUACUACUACAGAGCCCCCAGCUACAGAAACCCCCUCUCAGCUCCCUGAUGAGGCCCCAGAGAAAACUGCUAGAGAUAAGAGGAAGAGGAAGAAAGAAAAAGAGCGGGAUCGGUCUAAGGUGGAGAACAAAGAGGAGCAGGGGACGACGCAGGGCAAACAGGCCGAGGACAAACCGAGGAAGACACCCUUCUCUACCCAGCCAGUUACAGGCACAUCUCCAAGGAAACCAUUUGAGUGCGACAGCGAUGCAGCAGCGGACAUCAUGCUGUUGGUGGAUGGCUCCUGGAGCAUUGGACGCACCAACUUCAGACGGGUCAGAGACUUCUUGGAGGGCCUGGUGACACCCUUCCACAUCGGGCCAAGCCACAUACAGAUCGGUCUGACCCAGUACAGCGGGGAUCCUCGCACAGAGUGGCACCUCAACAACUUCACUACUAAGGACCAGCUGCUGGAGGCAGUAAGGAAUUUUAGAUAUAAGGGAGGAAACACAUUUACAGGCCAGGCGCUGCUCCAUGUCAUGGAGGAGAACAUGAGGGCUGAAGCAGGGGCGAGGUCAGACACCCCAUUUUUCCUGGUCUUGUUGACUGAUGGGAAAUCUCAGGAUGACGCCAUUGCUGCAGCAAACCGGCUGAAGAGUGCCGGUGUGGAGAUCAUCGCCGUAGGUGUAAAGAACGCUGAUGAAGCCGAGUUGAGACAAGUGGCAUCAGAGCCAGUAGAUCUGAACGUCUACAAUGUCAAUGACUUCCCUCUGCUCGCCAAACUGGUGGCACGACUGGUCCACAUCCUGUGUGGGAGGAUAGAGGACCGUGGCAUUGCAAAACGAAUGGAGCCUGCGCCCACGGCAGACCCAGCCCUCUCCUACCCCAGUCCUACUGAUCUGCGCUUUUCUGAACUGGGCUCCAGAGAAGUGAAGCUCCACUGGACCAAUCCUGCUAAGUCAGUCCAACAGUACAGAGUGGUUUACCACAGCGCAGAGGGUCAGAGACCACAGGAGGUUGUAUUGGCCGGCUCAGAGUCCACUGUGCUGCUGGACGGCCUCUCCUCUCAGACACUGUACCAUGUGUCCAUCUUCCCUGUGUAUGAAGACAGUGUUGGCCUGGCGCUCAGAGGAACUGUCACUACAUUGCCUCUCGCCAUGCCUGCCAACCUGGUGGUGACUCCUUCCUCUUACAGCACGCUGAGAGUAAGGUGGGAUGCAGCGCCCGGUGCGACACAGUACAUGAUCCUGUAUUCAGCCCUCAGCCAUGGAGAGCCUGACGACGCCAAAGAGGAGAAAUUCAGUGCAGACCAGACAGUGGUGGAGCUGGCAGAGUUACUGCCAGCAACAGACUACUCUGUCACCCUCUAUGCUCUCUAUGAUGAGGAUCCCAGUGACCCUGUCACUGCUGUUGCUGCCACAUUCCCUCUCCCACCUCCUGCAAGCGUUCAUUUUCCAAUGGUCACCCACAGUACACUGAGGGUGAGCUGGGUACCCGGAGCCGCGGACGUGCCCGGCCACAGAAUCACCUACAGCACCAACCACGGCAGUGACGUCAAGCAGGUGGAAGUAACAGGGCUGAACUCAGUGCUGGUGCAGAACCUGUCCUCUCUGUCCAGAUACCUGGUGUCAGUCCAGUCUCACUACCCACAAGGCCUGUCUGCAGCAUUCACCAGCAAUGUCACCACACUGAAGGUGCCUUCUCCAUCAGACCUCAGGGUAACUAAUUUCUCAGGCAGUGAUAUCACUGUGCGCUGGGAGGCUGCAGCUAAUGAUGUGGUGUCCUACCUCAUCAAGUGGAUCUCCCUUAGUGGAGGGGACCUGAGACAGUUAAGGGUGAACGGUGAGAGUGAAGGAGUGAUCCUGGAGGGGGUGAAGGACGAUAAGGAAUACCAGAUCUCUCUGUCUGCGCUUUAUGGAGAUGGAGCUCAGAGUGAAGCUGUGGCCAUACGCUAUAGCACCUUGUCUGGUGGAGGACCAUCCAGCGUAUCGGUCUCUGAGGAGACUGCAGUCAGCUUGGUGGUCACCUGGGUGCCUCCCAACGCUCAUGUCCUCCAGUAUCGUGUGUCUUACACUGCGCUGACUGGAGCUGAAGCCCAGGACAGCACUGUGUUGGUUACAGGUGGUGAAAAGCGGGUGGUGCUAGAGUCAUUACAGCCAGAUACACGUUACAGCAUUCUCGUCACCGCCGAGUAUCGCAACAGAGAAGGAGGCAGCAGUUCAGCCCAGGGCAAAACUGCCAGUCUGCGGGUGAGCAGUGUGAGUGUGGUUAGAUCAGACCACUCCAGCAUCUGUGUGUCUUGGAGACCAGUGUCUGCUGUUGAUGGAUAUCGUAUUGUCAUCCAGUCUGUCAAAGACAAGGAAAUAAAGGAAGAAACUGUCGAUGAGUCCAGCAGCAGUCACUGUUUCACUGAUCUGGAAGCAGAGACUCUCUAUCGCAUCAGUGUGCACUCACUCCUUGGCUCAGCAGAGGGCGCCGCUGUCUCCAUUCUCCAUCCAACAGCCACAGCUCCAGCCAGAAUUCCCAUCCAUCCCCGCAUGUAUCCUAUCCACAAUGAAGUGUGCCCUGAAGUCACCAUCAGAAACAGCAUCGUUAAGGGGUUUGACAUGAUGGAAGCAUUUGGUCUGACUCAGAGAGCUCACUCGUCCGUGGAAGGUGUGGCAGCAGAGCCUUUUGUCUUCAACACCCUCCCCACCUACACCCUGUACAGAGACGUUCAACUGACGCAGAGCAUCAAGUUUAUCCACGCUGCAGGUUUCUCUCCAGAGCACACCAUCAGCAUCGCCUUCCGUAUGUUGCAGGAUACACCCAGGGAGCCCUUCGCCCUCUGGCAGCUCACUGACAUUGACUUCCAGCCCAAGAUGGGAGUGGUGCUCAACCCUACUACGAAGCAUCUGGUGUACUUCAGUCUGGACUACAGGGGAGAGGUGCAGGAACUGACCUUUGACCAGCCACAGGUCCACAAACUGUUCUAUGGCAGCUUUCAUAAGGUUCACUUGUCUGUCAGCCAGGUGAGUGUGUCCCUAUCUGUGGACUGCCAGCAUGUUGGUGAGAGACCUGCCCGACCUCUGGGCAGCCUACCGACUGAUGGUUUUGAGAUGCUGGGAAAACUGGUGAAGACCAGAGGACCCAAUAGUGGAUCUGCCCCGUUCCAGCUGCAGUCCUUUGAGAUUGUCUGUAACACCACGUGGGCUUCUGAGGACACCUGCUGUAACCUGCCUGGAGUGAGAGAUGAGGAGAGCUGUCCUGCCCCAGCGUACACCUGUUCCUGUUCGUCUGACAUCCCUGGAGCUCCUGGUUCCCCUGGGCCAAUCGGAAAACCAGGUCCUCGUGGUGAGAAAGGCGAGAAGGGAGAACAAGGCCAAAAGGGGGAGGUGGGUCCUCCAGGAAAGCCUGGAUUUGAGGGAGGCCUUGGACUCUUAGGCAGCACUGGACCCCGAGGCAUGUCUGUCCAGGGCAAAAUGGGUCCACCAGGUGCAACAGGGCAAAAGGGGGAUCCUGGACGACCGGGAGCCCAGGGAUUACCAGGACCUCCAGGUCCAAAAGGGGAAGAGGGGAUCCCAGGCCCCCAGGGCAUAAGGGGGAUCGAAGGUAGCAUUGGUGCACCUGGUAUCACUGGACCCAGGGGUUUCCAAGGAAUGCCAGGAUACCCAGGGCCCAUAGGGGACAGGGGCCCCUCAGGACCUGUGGGACCUACGGGUUUGCCAGGUAAUAAGGGGGAACGAGGAGAGAAGGGGGAGCCUCAGUCUAUGGCCAUGAUCUAUCAACUGGUCACACAGGCCUGUGAGCAGCUGGUGCACAAGGAGGUGCUGAAACUGGACAUGUUCAUUAAUGAGAUAAGUCGUAAGCCAGCUCCUAUUGCGGACCCAGUAGGACCCCCAGGGGAACCUGGUAUACCAGGGCCCAAGGGCCCACCAGGUGCCAGGGGUACCCAGGGAAAUGUCGGCCCACGGGGGAGACCUGGCAAGGCUGGAUAUCCAGGAGAACAGGGGCAGAGAGGUACACCAGGGCAGAAAGGUGAUGCAGGGACCAAUGUCCAGGGGCCCACAGGGGUCAAAGGAUUUGCAGGUCCACCAGGUGAGUCAAAGCUGGGAGUUACUGGUUCCAAAGGAGAUGAUGGUAAGCCAGGACCCCCAGGGAUCCCUGGAUCUCCUGGACAGCCAGGCGAGAUUGGUCCACCGGGUGUGUGCGACAGCAGUGGAGGCUGCCACAGAGCUCCCCAGCAAACAGAAGACCCUUAUUAUGGCUACCAGCCGUGAAUGGAUAUGAAGACGCAGGCAGGAAUGGUAAGGUGACUGAGUGACUGACAUCUGUUUGAAAUGACUAUGGCUCCUUUGGAGCUGAAUGAUGGACUGGGAAUGAAACGACAAACACCACCGAAGAGGUUGUUGAACUUACCACUGACUGAUGCAGAAGCUUCAUCAUAUGUGAGAAAGGGAAAUAAUACAGGAAGGAUCUCUCUCUCUCUCCUAUUGUUAUUACAUUCUUUGACAGAAAACAGCUGAGAAAGAAACGUAGGAAACUUUCUAAUAUAGAAUAGUGUUUUGAUGAAUAGAUAGCAUCAUAAAGGAAAAUAUUUUCCCACUGAGAUCAGUAAGGUGCUGUCUGAUACACCAUUAUUCGCACUGAAAUCUUUUGUUAUUAUGUUUAUGUAUCCAUGCACUGUAUCAAUGCCAAGUAGUUUAGUCAUCUGUGUUACAUUUCUACCUAUUCAUCUGCCAUUCUAACCUUAACUGCCUCAAGGAUAAUGAAAAUACAUAAUCCAUGGUGUAAAAGCUUCUUUUUGUUCCAUGGUAGAAAUGAUACUGUGAGAAUGUCUCUAGUUGUGUGUCUGAUAAUUUGUAUAUUGUUAAUUAUAUUUACUGUAUACAGUUAUUCAUGUAUAAUAUUUUUGUAUGUAUUCACAUUGAAAAUUAAUGUUUACAUUUUAGAAUAUUCUGGGGUUUGGGUAAUAAGCAUUACAAGUUGUGUGUGUGUGUGUGUGUGUGUGUGUGUGUGUGUGUGUGUGAGAGAGAGAGAGAGAGAUGUUUUUGAUUUUUUUUUUUUUUUUU